GCGCGGCCCAGGCGAGGUGCGAGUGGCGCAGUCGGUGCCCGCUGCGGCCCUUGAGGAAGCGAGGAGGCGUCAGUGUCGGCUGAGGCGGCGGCUCCAGGCCUCGAGAGACUCGGGAGCUUGAGUAGCGGCAGCGACAGCAUCUCUUUCUCUCGGAGGCGGCGGCAGCGGCGGCGGGCGGCGGCGGCGGCGGCGGCGGCGGGAGCGGUGGUGCCCCCCCGGGCACGGGGCCAUGUACAACGGGAUCGGGCUGCCGACGCCCCGGGGCAGCGGCACCAACGGCUACGUCCAGCGCAACCUGUCCCUGGUGCGGGGCCGCCGGGGUGAGCGGCCUGACUACAAGGGAGAGGAGGAACUGCGGCGCCUGGAGGCUGCCCUGGUGAAGCGGCCUAAUCCUGACAUCCUGGACCACGAGCGCAAGCGGCGCGUGGAGCUGCGAUGCCUCGAGCUGGAGGAGAUGAUGGAAGAGCAGGGGUACGAGGAACAGCAAAUUCAGGAAAAAGUGGCGACCUUUCGACUCAUGUUGUUGGAGAAGGAUGUGAACCCUGGGGGCAAGGAGGAGACCCCAGGGCAGCGGCCAGCGGUAACUGAGACUCACCAGUUGGCAGAAUUGAAUGAGAAAAAGAAUGAGCGACUCCGUGCUGCCUUUGGUAUCAGUGAUUCCUAUGUGGAUGGCAGCUCUUUUGAUCCUCAGCGUCGUGCUCGAGAAGCCAAACAACCAGCUCCUGAGCCUCCCAAACCUUAUAGUCUUGUCCGGGAGUCUAGCAGUUCUCGCUCACCAACUCCAAAGCAAAAGAAGAAGAAAAAGAAGAAAGACAGAGGACGCAGGUCAGAAAGCAGCUCUCCGCGACGAGAGAGGAAGAAGAGUUCUAAGAAGAAGAAGCACAGAUCAGAAUCGGAAUCCAAGAAACGGAAGCAUAGGUCUCCCACUCCAAAGAGCAAACGUAAAUCUAAGGACAAGAAACGGAAGCGAUCUCGAAGUACAACACCAGCCCCCAAGAGCCGCCGGGCCCACCGUUCAACUUCUGCUGACUCUGCUUCCUCUUCUGAUACUUCCUGUAGUCGGUCUCGAAGUGCUGCAGCAAAAACUCAUACAACUGCCUUGACCGGGCAAAGUCCUUCCCCUGCUUCAGGGCGUAGAGGGGACGGAGAUGCACCUUCCAGGGAACCAAGUACCACCAACACAGGGCAUCCCAGCAGCCCGGAGCCCUCUACAAAGCAGCCUAGUAGCCCUUAUGAAGACAAAGCUAAAGACAAGAAGGAGAAAUCUGCAGUUCGACCUAGUCCCUCUCCGGAAAAGAGCACAGGCCCAGAACAACCUGCUCCCACUCCGCUCCUUGCCGAGCAACAUGGCAGCUCCCCACAACCCCUUGCAACAACCCCCUUAAGUCAGGAGCCAGUGAAUCCCCCAUCUGAGGCUUCCCCAACCCGGGGCCGUUUACCCCCUAAGUCUCCUGAGAAACCUCCCCAAUCAUCAUCUUCGGAGAGCUGCCCACCAUCCCCUCAACCGACCAAAGUUUCUCGGCAUGCCAGCUCCUCUCCUGAAAGUCCUAAACCCACACCAGCUCCUGGGUCCCGCCGAGAGAUUUCUUCUUCUCCUGCAUCUAAGAGUCGCUCACAUGGCCGAGCAAAGCGGGAUAAGUCACGUUCUCAUACUCCUCGUAGGGUGGGGAGGUCCCGUAGCCCUACCACCAAGAGGGGGCGAUCACGGUCUCGAACCCCUACUAAGAGAGGUCAUUCUCGGUCCCGGUCCCCUCAGUGGCGUAGAUCUCGGUCUGCACAGCGGUGGGGACGAUCUAGAAGCCCCCAGCGACGUGGCCGCUCUAGGUCUCCACAGCGACCAGGCUGGUCCAGGAGCAGAAAUACCCAGAGAAGAGGCAGGUCUAGAUCAGCAAGGCGAGGCAGGUCGCACUCUAGAUCCCCAGCCACUAGGGGCAGAUCUCGUUCUAGAACACCAGCCCGGCGGGGCAGGUCUCGCUCUAGAACACCCACCAGGCGGAGAUCGCGAUCCAGAACGCCCAAUAGGCGUAGAUCUCGGUCUAGAACACCAGCCCGGAGGGGCAGGUCUCGGUCUAGAACACCUGCUAGACGCAGAUCCAGGACCCGUUCACCAAUACGGCGCAGGUCUCGUAGUAGAUCGCUAGCCAGGCGAGGUGGCAGGUCACUCUCUAGAACACCAGCCAGGCGUGGUCGGUCGCGCUCUCGAACACCGGCUAGACGAAGUGGUCGGUCGCGCUCUAGAACGCCAGCCAGGAGAGGGAGAUCUCGAUCUAGGACACCAGCAAGACGAGGAAGGUCCCGUAGUAGAAGUCUAGCUAGACGGGGAAGGUCCCGUAGUAGAAGUCUAGCUAGGCGGGGAAGAUCUCACUCUAGAACACCACAAAGAAGAGGCAGGUCUGGCUCGUCAUCAGAGCGGAAGAACAAAUCCAGAGCAUCACAGAGAAGGAGCAGGUCCAACUCAAGCCCAGAAAUGAAAAAAUCUCGUGUUUCAAGGCGAAGCAGGUCUCUCUCUUCGCCGCGGUCCAAGGCAAAAUCUCGCUUGUCUUUGAGGCGAAGCCUUUCUGGGUCCUCUCCGUGUCCUAAACAAAAGUCUCAGACACCCCUAAGGCGCAGUCGCUCUGGAUCAUCCCAACCUAAAGCUAAAUCUAGAACACCAUCAAGACGAAGUCGCUCUGGUUCUGCUCCUCCUAAUCAGAAAUCUAAAACACCACCAAGACAAAGUCAUUCUAGUUCAUCUCCUCAACCUAAAGUGAAAUCGGGAACACCACCAAGACAAGGGUCUGUAACAAGUCCUCAGGCAAAUGAACAAUCUGCAGCACCACAAAAAGAAAGCUGUUCUGAAAUGUCACCUGACCCUGAGGUGAAGUCUAGGACCCCUUUGAGGCAUAGCUGCUCUGGGUCCUCUCCUACAGUAAAAUCUGGCACGCCUCCAAGACGGAGCCGAUCUGGGUCGUCAUCUCCACAACCCAAAGUGAAGGCAAUAACAUCACCAGUCCAGAGCCAUUCUGGCUCUUCUUCUCCAAGUCCUAGUAGGGUGACGUCUAAAAUACCACCAAGACAAAGCAGAUCAGAGUCUCCUUGCUCCAAUGUGGAAUCUAGAUUGUUGCAAAGACAGAGCCAUUCUAGGUCCUCCUCACCAGAUACCAAAGUGAAACCUGGAACACCACCAAAACAAUGUUACUCAGGGUCUACUUCGCCGUGCCCUAAAGUACAGUCCCAAACUCCACCAGGGCACAGUCUUUCUGGAUCAAAGUCACCGUGUUCUCAAGAGAAGUCUAAAGACUCACCAGCACAAAGUUGCUCUGGAUUCUUCUCCCUCUGUCCAAGAGUAAAGUCUAGCACACCACCAGGAGAGAGCUAUUUUGGCACCUCAUCUCUGCUACAGGAAGGACAAUCUCAAACUUCACCAGACCCUAGAUGUGAUACUUCCAGUCCAGAAACGAGACAGACUCGUUAUGAAUCUCCAUCUUUGCAAAGCAAAUCUCAAACACCUCCUAAGGGUGGCCAGUCCAGGUCCUCAUCUCCAAUCACUGAGCUGGCGCCCAGAUCUCCAGCAACACAAGAUAGAAGCAAAUUGUCAAUAAGUCCUAGGCUGAAAUCUGGACUGUCUCCUGAGCAGAACAGAUCCCAUUCUGACUCUUCCCCAUAUCCUGCAAUGGACUGUAAAUCUCUUCUGGGGCAGAACAGAUUGGAGUCUUUUCCUGAAUCAAAAGAGAAAACAGAUUUACUCUUUCAGGAGGAUGUCACUGUCUCGUGUAGACUAAGAGACAAAUUGAGUCCUCCUUCAGUGCAGGAUAGACCUGAGUCUUCAGUACUCAAAAACACACCUGGAACCCCAACAAAGGAAAGAUGUGUCGGGUCAUCUCCAGAUACAAAAGACCAAAGUAGUGCAUUAGCUAAGCCAAGCCAAGACGAGGAAUUAAUGGAGGGGGUUGAGAAAUCUGAAGAAUCCUCAAACCAGGUUCUAUCCCAUGUGUCUCCAGAACUUAAGGAAAUGGCUGGAAGUAACUUUGAAUCAUCUCCUGAGAUACAAGAAAAGCCUGCUGUGUCUUUGACUCUUGACCAAAGCCAAUCACAGGGUGCUUUGGAAGCAGAAGUCCCUGCAAUGGCCUCAGCUUGGAGUGGGCCCCAUUUUUCUCCAGAACGUAAAGAACUGUUAGACUCUCCUCCACGAGAGAAGAGCUAUGAAUCACCUUUAGAAUUUAGAAACUCAGGUCCUGUUGCAGAAGUGAAUACUGGAUUUUCUCCUGAGGUUAAAGAUUUGAAUGUAGCUUUUCCUAAUCAGUUAGAGACAGAUCCAUCUCUAGACAUGAAAGAACAAUCGACUAGGUCCUCCAGACGCAGCAGUUCUGAGUUAUCCCCAGACGCUGUGGAAAAAACAGGAAUGUCUUCAAAUCAGAGUGUUUCUUCACCAGUACAUGAUACUAUACCCAGAACACCCUCAAGGGAAAGUAGUUCUGCAUCCUCUCCUGAACUGAAAGAUGGUUUACCCAGAACCCCCUCAAGGAGAAGUAGGUCUGGGUCUUCCCCAGGACUUAGAGAUGGGUCUGGGACGCCCUCAAGGCACAGCUUAUCUGGGUCGUCUCCUGGAAUGAAAGAUAUACCCAGGACACCAUCAAGGGGGAGAAGUGAAUGUGAUUCUUCUCCAGAACCCAAAGCUUUGCCUCAGACUCCAAGGCCAAGGAGUCGUUCUCCAUCAUCCCCAGAGCUCAACAAGUGUCUUACUCCCCAAAGAGAAAGAAGUGGCUCAGAAUCAUCAGUUGAACAGAAGACUGUGGCUAGGACUCCUCUUGGGCAGAGAAGUCGGUCUGGAUCUUCUCAAGAACUUGAUGGGAAACCCAGUGCAUCCCCUCAGGAAAGAAGUGAAUCAGACUCUUCUCCAGAUUCUAAAGCUAAGACACGAAUGCCACUUAGACAAAGGAGUCAUUCUGGGUCAUCUCCAGAGGUCGACAGCAAAUCCCGACCUUCCCCUCGGCGUAGUAGGUCUGGCUCAUCUCCUGAAGUCAAAGAUAAGCCAAGAGCAGCACCCAGGGCACAGAGUGGUUCUGAUUCCUCUCCUGAACCAAAGGCUCCUGUCCCUCGGGCCCUUCCCAGACGAAGCAGAUCAGGUUCAUCAAGCAAAGGCAGAGGCCCUUCUCCUGAAGGAAGCAGCAGUUCUGAGUCCUCUCCAGAACACCCACCCAAAUCCAGAAUGGCUAGAAGAAGCUCCAGGUCAUCACCGGAGCCCAAGACCAAGUCUCGCACGCCACCUCGCCGUCGCAGCUCUCGAUCAUCUCCUGAACUGACUAGGAAAGCUAGACUCUCCCGUAGAAGUCGCUCAGCAUCAUCUUCACCAGAGACCCGCUCUAGAACUCCCCCAAGACGCCGAAGAAGUCCCUCAGUGUCUUCCCCAGAGCCAGCAGAAAAGUCAAGAUCCUCACGCCGGCGGCGUUCAGCUUCAUCCCCACGCACUAAGACAACUUCAAGGAGAGGCCGUUCUCCUUCGCCAAAGCCUCGUGGACUCCAGAGGUCCCGUUCCCGCUCAAGGAGGGAGAAAACCAGAACAACCCGACGUCGAGAUAGGUCUGGAUCUUCCCAGUCGACUUCUAGGAGAAGACAGCGGAGCCGGUCACGGUCUCGGGUUACUCGUAGGCGGAGGGGAGGCUCGGGUUACCACUCAAGGUCUCCUGCCCGGCAGGAGAGUUCCCGGACCUCCUCUCGACGUCGAAGAGGCCGCUCUCGGACACCACCAACCAGUCGGAAGCGUUCCCGCUCACGCACCUCACCAGCCCCAUGGAAACGCUCCAGGUCCAGAACACCCCUGGUAAGCCGACGUAGGUCCAGGUCUCGAACUUCACCAGUCAGUCGGAGACGGUCAAGGUCUAGGACAUCAGUGACUAGACGAAGAUCUCGCUCAAGAGCAUCCCCAGUAAGUCGAAGGCGAUCCAGGUCCAGAACACCACCUGUGACCCGUCGUCGUUCAAGGUCCAGAACACCAGCUCGCCGCCGCUCCCGUUCUAGAACCCCACCAGUGACUCGCAGAAGGUCCAGAUCUAGGACUCCACCAGUAACGAGGCGGCGAUCUCGAAGCAGAACCUCGCCUAUCAAUCGCAGAAGAUCGAGAUCCAGAACAUCUCCAGUCACCCGUAGGCGAUCUCGGUCUCGCACAUCUCCAGUAACUCGGAGGAGGUCCCGCUCUAGAACCUCUCCAGUGACCCGCCGCCGGUCUAGGUCCCGAACACCUCUAGUUAUUCGGCGCCGCUCUAGGUCUCGAACCCCACUGUUGCCACGCAAACGUUCUCGAAGUCGCUCACCACUUGCUAUCCGCCGCAGGUCUAGAUCCCGUACUCCACGGACCACCCGGGGCAAACGGUCCUUAACAAGAUCUCCUCCAGCCAUCCGCAGGCGUUCUGUAUCUGGAAGUAGUUCUGAUCAUUCACGUUCUGCUAGUCCUCCAGCAACAAGGAAUCAUUCUGGUUCUCGGACACCUCCAGUGGCACUAAAUAGCUCCAGAAUGAGCUGCUUCAGUCGCCCUAGCAUGUCACCAACUCCUCUUGACCGCUGUAGAUCACCUGGAAUGCUUGAACCCCUUGGCAGCUCUAGAACACCCAUGUCUGUCCUGCAGCAAGCUGGUGGCUCCAUGAUGGAUGGUCCAGGUCCCCGAAUUCCUGAUCACCCUAGAGCAUCUGUGCCAGAAAAUCAUGCUCAGUCUAGAAUUGCACUUGCCCUGACAGCCAUCAGUCUUGGCACCGCUCGGCCUCCUCCAUCCAUGUCUGCUGCUGGCCUUGCUGCAAGAAUGUCCCAGGUUCCAGCUCCAGUGCCUCUCAUGAGUCUCCGAACGGCCCCAGCUGCCAGCCUUGCCAGCAGAAUUCCUGCAGCCUCUGCAGCAGCCAUGAAUCUGGCCAGUGCCAGGACACCUGCCAUACCAACAGCAGUGAACCUGGCUGACUCGAGAACACCAGCUGCAGCAGCAAUGAACUUGGCCAGCCCCAGAACAGCGGUGACACCUUCUGCUGUGAAUCUUGCUGACCCUCGCACCCCUACAGCCCCAGCUGUGAACCUAGCAGGAGCCAGAACCCCAGCGGCUUUGGCAGCUUUGAGUCUCACAGGCUCUGGCACACCCCCGAACGCUGCAAACUAUCCCUCCAGCUCCAGAACACCCCAGGCUCCAACCCCUGCAAACCUGGUGGGUCCUAGAUCUGCACAUGCCACAGCUGCUGUGAAUAUUGCCAGCUCAAGAACCCCUCCAGUCUUGGCUCCUGCAAGCCUCACCAGUGCUAGAAUGGCUCCAGCUUUGUCUGGUGCAAACCUCACCAGCCCUAGGGUGCCCCUCUCUGCCUAUGAGCGUGUUAGUGGCAGAACCUCACCACCACUUCUUGACCGAGCCAGGUCUAGAACCCCGCCAGGAGGCCCAGGCUCCAGAACCCCACCAACUGCCCCGAGCCAGUCGAGAAUGACCUCUGAGCGGGCUCCCUCUCCUGCCUCUAGAAUGGUCCAGGCUCCCUCACAGUCUGUUCUCCCUCCAACUCAGGAUCGGCCUAGGUCCCCUCUGCCAUCUGCUUUUUCUGACCAAUCACGAUCUUUGCUUGCCCAGACCACCACCCCUGUAGCAGGGUCUCAGGCCCUUUCCUCUGGGACGGUGGCAAAGGCCACAUCCUCUGCUGGUGACCACAAUGGCAUGCUGUCUGGCCCUGGCCCUGGGGUGUCACACCCUGAGGGUGGGGAACCACCUUCCUCCACGGGGGCCCAGCAGCCUUCUGCAUUGGCCACCCUGCAGUUGGCAAAGGAGCGGCGGAGCUCGUCCUCCUCCUCAUCCUCCAGCUCCUCCUCUUCGUCGUCCUCGUCGUCCUCAUCGUCCUCGUCAUCCUCUGGCUCCAGUUCUAGUGACUCGGAGGGCUCUAGCCUUCCCAUUCAACCUGAGGUAGCAGUGAAGAGGGUCCCCAGCCCGGCCCCAGCCCCAAAGGAGGCUGUUCGAGAGGGACGUCCUCAGGAACCAACUCCAGCCAAGCGGAAGAGGCGCUCUAGCAGCUCCAGCUCCAGCUCCUCCUCCUCUUCUUCCUCCUCCUCCUCCUCCUCCUCUUCCUCCUCUUCAUCUUCCUCCUCCUCCUCCUCUUCCUCCUCCUCUUCCUCUUCUACUUCCUCCUCCCCCUCCCCUGCUAAGCCUGACCCUCAGGCCUUGCCCAAACCUGCAAGCCCCAAGAAGCCGAGCCCUGGCGAGCGGAGGUCCCGCAGCCCCCGGAAACCAAUAGACUCCCUCCGAGACUCCCGCUCCCUCAGCUACUCGCCUGCUGAGCGCCGUCGCCCCUCGCCCCAGCCCUCACCACGGGACCAGCAGAGCAGCAGUGAGCGGGGUUCCCGGAGAGGCCAACGUGGGGACAGCCACUCCCCGGGCCACAAGCGCAGGAGAGAGACACCUAGCCCCUGCCCUGCGCGGCACCGCUCGUCCAGGUCUCCAUGAAUGUUUUAUUGGGGAAUCACACCGUACCCCAAGUUCUGGAGCCACAUGGAGUGAUCCCUUUGUCCCCAACAAGGCUGCAGGAGGGGUGCCUGUCUGCCCCCCCAACCCUGGCAGCCUCUUGGGGGGAGGGCUCCCUUCUUUCCCUCCCCCGUUUUUUUCUUUGUUCCUGUGAAAUGUUAAUCUCUGUGAGUUUUUCCUGGUUCACGUUUUUUGGGGGGUUUGGGGUGGGUGGGAAUGAGAAUGGGAGUUGCUAGUGGGGAGGAAACAGUUCAGGACUCCCCAGUUUUGAGUCAGAAAAGGCCUGGGAGGCACUAUCGCCCCCCUUUAUCCAAGUUCUGGGGGAAUGAUGGUUUGGGACUUGGGAACUUGUGUGAGGCGUUCCUGGAAAGAAGGGUCAAGAGUAAAAAGUUGUUGGCCUUUACUGUCCCCCAGUAAGAUUGUGCUCCCCUCCCCCCAACUUUUCUUCACCUUUCUUAAAGGCAUUUUGGUUUUUUAAAAUCUGUACAGUAAGAGCAACUUUUUCUGUCAAAUAAAAAUGAGAAAUGCAGGAA